AUGGAUGUCGCGCAUGUCGCGUUACUGUCGCGUGGGGACCCAAAUCUCAAUCUGCGAAGAACUCAGCCGCUACCUCAAUAUGCACGCAAGAUAACGCAUCAGCUCCUCGAUAAACUGUGUGCUUGGAGUGAGGAUCUGAAAACGAUGACUUCACUACAAGUGCCGCCCCAAGGGCGCCGACGAAGACGCGUUGUUGACGAGGAGUACGAGGAUGAACGAUCAACCAGAGCAACAACCCCGCUAUCCCAAUCUUCUACUAGCAGCAAGCGUAUUCGACUUGACGAUCCUGAUAUAAAGAAUGAUGUCGAUGAUGAUGCGGACGGUGAUGAUGGAAACGAUACAGAGCAAUCCGUUGCUAAAGUUCCCCUGACAAAAUCUGCGUUACCGCCUGGUUAUACUACCUACAAAGAUUUCCAGCCUGGCGCAAUCGUGAGAAUGAAGUUGAAGGAUUUUGUCACGUACACCAACGUAGAGUACCACUUCGGUUCGCAGUUGAAUAUGAUUAUUGGACCGAACGGUACUGGAAAGAGUACGUUGGUGUGUGCCAUAUGUUUAGGCUUGGGUUGGGGGCCGCAGCAUCUCGGACGAGCAAAAGAUGCGUCCGAAUUUGUCAAGCACGGCUGUAAGGAGGCAAUCAUUGAGAUAGAACUUGCACGGGGCCCACCAUUCAAAAAGAAUCCCGUCGUACGCCGGGUCAUCAAAUUUGAAGGCAACAAGAGCACUUUCUCUAUUGAUGGCAGAGACGCAAGUAGGAAGCAAGUCAUGAAACUCGCCCAAAAGUUCUCUAUUCAGAUUGACAACCUAUGCCAAUUUCUUCCUCAAGACAAGGUUAGCGAAUUCGCAGCACUUACUCCUGUUGAGCUACUCUACUCCACUCAGAGAGCUGCAGCAGGACCACAGAUGAUAGAAUGGCACGAUGAUCUCAAACGCAUUAGAGCAGAGCAAAAGAGAUUGCUUGCUGACAACAAAGGCGACCGGGACCUCCUUUCUAACCUCCAGAAUCGACAAGAGUUGCAAAGAGCGGAUGUUGAGCGGGUACGGGAGAGAGCAAAGAUUAAACGACGAAUUGAGAUCCUUGAGCUCGCUCGUCCGCUUGCUGCAUACAAAACUUUUGUGCCGCAGUACCAAGAGAUCAAAAACAGAAAGCAGGAGGUGGAAGCUGAACUCCAGGCAUUGAAAGCGGAGGUAGAACCAAUUUUAAGAUCACUCAAUGCAAAACAAGAAUACUUCACCCGGACGGACGAGUUGGUCAAGUUCAAGCGUCGCGGACUCGUGGAGGCAGAAAGCUCUGCAAAGCAAAUUGCGACGAGGAUGGAUAAACACGAAGAAUCAAUGAAAAAUCUUACGAUGCAGAUUGAGUCAGAGAAAAAAGAAGGCGCAACUUACAAACAACAGUUGAGUACGAUUCAGCAAGCUAUUAACAGGAUAACCCGACAGAUUGAAGAAAAGCCGGAAGGUUUUGACAUUGAUGCCUAUAAUGAGAAAAUUCGGGCUUGCCAAAGAGCCAUCAAAGAUUUCCAGCAUCGAGCCGAAGAGAUCAAAGAAGGUCGUGCAGCUAUAUACGAGCGCCUGAAUGAGAAAGAGACUCGGAUCCAAGAGACGGAGAAUGAGCUACAAAAUCUCGAGACUCAAAAUGGUCAACGAGAAGCCAUGCUCAGAAAAUUUUCGCCAGACACACACCGAGCCUACCGAUGGGUUCUAGACAACCAAGAUAAAUUCGAACACACAGUUUACGGACCUGCGCUCAUCGAGUGUUCAAUUAAGGACCCGAGAUACGCCGACGUAAUCGAAUCUCUGCUCCAAAAAAACGAUUUUCUCGCAUUUACCACCCAAAGUAUUAAGGAUUUCAGAACGUUGCAAAAGGUAUUGAACGUGGAGUUAAAGUUGCACGAUGUCAGCAUCAGGAACUGUACGACUUCAUUGAGUGACUUGAAACCUUCAAUAUCAGAGGAAGAGAUGCGUGAUCUCGGGUUUGAUGGUUGGGCCAAGGACUACCUUGAGGGACCGGAACCUGUCAUAGCAAUGCUCUGCAACGAGCAAUUCCUUUUCAGGACACCAGUUGUUCUUCGAGAGAUCAAUGAUCGAGAAUACUCUCGAAUGGAAAGCCACAAUGCAAUCAAUAGUUGGGUUGCUGGCAAACAAACCUACAAGGUGAACAGGAGAAAAGAGUAUGGUCCGGGUGCAACGUCAACGCAGGUCCGACAAGUGCGACCAGCAAGAUUUUGGACCGACCAACCAAUAAAUGUUUCAUUGAAACAGGAGCUUCUGGACACGAGGGCGCAGCUUGACGCCGAAAAGGCUGAGAUUGAGAAAGCCAUUCAAUCCUUCAAGUUAGAGCUUACUACUCUGGGUGCUGAUCACAAAGAAAAAGUCAAAGAAAAGAGUGCUCUAGAAAAAGAGAAAUCGGACAAGCAGACGGCUCUAGUCAACUAUCGAUCACUUCCUGAGAAGCUCAGGCAACAACAAAUCAAGAAACGAGAUUUAGAGAAAGGUUUUGAGGGCUUGCGAGGUAGAGUUCAGGCGAUUCGUGCAAAACAGGAUCAGGUUGCCCUUGACAAAGCAGAGACUGCCAUUGCUUGCGCUGAUGCCGUAGAGAAUCUGCGAGUAUUACAUCAUGAUUUGAUACAGGCGGAAAUCAGAAACAUCGAAGCCUUAUCAGAUUUUGAAAAUCUGAGGAUGCGAAACGAGGAAACCAGACAGAGGUUGGAUCAGAAACAGGAUGAACUCAAAGAAGCUCAUUUGAAGCAGAGGGAGGCCGCGGCAGAAGGCCGCAGACUUCGCGAUGAAGUAGCGAAAAUCCGUCAGUUGGCUAGUACGGAGCCAGAUAUGUUAGAAGUUCUUGAAUCCGAGAGCAUCAGAGAGUUGACUAUGGACAAGUUGGAGGCGGACAUUGACUCAGAGAAAGCACGUCUCGAGCUAACACAUGAAGUUAGCGAAGGCAUGGUCAAAGAGUUUGAAGAUCGUCAAAGAGCAAUUGACAAACUACAAGACAAAAUGUCUAACUAUCAAGCGAAGCUCAAUGAUCUGGAGAGCGCUAUCCAAGAGAUUCGCGGCAAAUGGGAGCCACGGCUGGAUGCUCUCGUUAAGACGAUCUCAGAUGCAUUUUCUGAUUCUUUUGCUCGUAUCGGAUGCGCUGGACAAGUCACGGUUGACAAGGUUGAAGACGAACCCGGACCAAACGGCGAACCCGGUGGAAGCAACUUUGAUCAAUGGUCAAUUCAGAUUCAGGUCAAGUUUCGCGAAACCGAGAAUCUUUCAGUGCUUGACUCUCAUCGACAAUCUGGAGGCGAACGUGCCGUUAGUACUAUUUUCUAUCUGAUAGCACUGCAAUCCCUUUCGGCAUCACCAUUCCGUGUAGUGGAUGAGAUCAACCAGGGUAUGGACCCAAGAAACGAGAGAAUGGUCCACGGACGUAUGGUGGACAUUGCAUGCGCUCCACGAAAUACCUCAUCCAGUGCCAACGGUGCCGACGACGUUACCGGAGGAGGUGGAAGUCAAUAUUUCCUCGUCACCCCAAAGCUGCUCAGCGGAUUGCACUACAGACCGGGAAUUACAGUGCAAUGCAUUGCCAGUGGUGAACAUGUACCAGCGGACUUUCACAGUACUGAUUUCCGGCAUGCCAUUGAGAGCAUGAAAAAAAUCAAAGCUGCUAAAGCCGGACACUCACUUACGAAUGGCAGGGCUCAGUCAGUGCGAGUUCAAUAG